AUCAACUGGCACACCAUCUACUGGAGCUUCGAGAUGCAGUUUCUGGCGGCACUUUUCGUCCUGAAGUGGGAGUUUGGCAAGGACGCCAUCAUGUGGACUCAGGCAAGACUGGACGAGUUCUUCGCCAACUCUGCCGAAGGUUCAAAGCUGCUCUUUGGUGAAUCCUACAGGGAUCACUACAUGAUUUUUGGGGCCCUGCCAAUUGUAUUUCUGACCAACGCGACCUUGACCAUCCUGUACUAUCUGGGAGCCAUGCAGUUCCUCGUCAAGGUCAUCGGAACUUUCCUCAGCUUUGUCCUGGACACGUCACCCAUUGAGAGCAUGAGCGUGGCUGCCGGUAUCUUCUUGGAAGGGAUCACGGCGAUCCUGACGCUGAGGCCAUACUUGCCAUACGUAUCUAAGUCACAACUGUUCCUCAUUAUAACUUCAGUUUUCGCCUCACUGGGAGGAGCCUACCUGGCCAUUCUCUCCUCGCUCGGGGUUUCCCUGGAGUACCUUAUUCCCGCCAUGCUCGUUUCUGCUCCCGCCACAUUUGCCGUCUGCAAACUCAUGGUGCCAGAGACACAUUACAAGGCUGGACAUAAGAUCAUGGACAACUUAGACCUGGCAGAAGACGAAAAAAGCAAGUACGCCAACGUGCUGGACGCGGCCCAGACUGGCGCCACUUCGAUGUUGUCGCUGGUGGGCAAUGUGGCCACCGUGGCCUUCGCCUUCUUCUCCUACAUCGCCUGGAUCAACAAGACUUUGACUUGGUUCGGCGACAGAGUGGGCAUUGACCAUUUCAGCAUCGAGCUGAUCUCCUCCUACAUCCUCUACCCAGUGGCCUUGAUGAUGGGAAUCGAACCAGACGACUGCCGCAACGUGGCCAUGUUGCUUGGCUACAGAAUUGGUGUCAAUAACAUUAUCGCAUUCUUCAAGUUAACCGAUCUGAAAAUCAACAAAGCCAAGUACACACACUACAUGCUGGUGACCAACGGAACAGGACCCGUCUUUAACGACGGCGACGACAUUGUCUUGGGUCUGUGGAACGACACACUCAAAAGUGGAUUUAUUACAGAUCGAUCCGAAGCUAUCGUCACGUACUGUUUGUGUGGCUUCUCUAGCUUCCUGUCGGUGGCCAUCACGAUAGGCAUCAUGUUUACCCUGGUGCCCAAUAGGAAGGCAUGGAUCUCCAAGGUCUCUGUGGCCUGUCUCAUCGCUGGAAACAUCGCCAACUGCAUGACCGGCUGUUUCGCAAGCAUUUUCUACUGA